AUGCAAAUUACCAUAGCAAUAUUUACAUUUAUAUUAGUAACAUUUAUUGAAUAUUGUGAAGCAAAUAUUUUAAAAAAAGAAUUAUUAGAUAAUGAAGAAAGUAAAGAUAAAUCCAUUAAAUUUCAUAAAUUACUAUUUAUAUUUUCUAUCUAUAAAAUAUUAGUUAUUAGUUUAAUGGGUAAUUUAUUUGUUUCAUAUACAAUUCAUAUUAUUAAAUAUUCUGUUGGAAGAUUAAGACCAAAUUUUGUUGAUGUUUGUAAACCAAAAAUAUUUAAUGAAACUUGUAUAAAUGGAAUUUUUAAAUAUUAUGAAUGUACCUCAGAAGAUAUAAAGCAAAUUUCAGAAUCACGUCUUUCUUUUUUUAGUGGUCAUGCUGCUUAUGCAUUUUUUAAUGCUAUAUUUAUUAGUACAUACAUAUUUAUAAGAAGUUCAAAAAAAUCAAUUGGAAAAAAAGAGUAA